AUGGCGCGGCCAGGGGAGGGCACCGGGCGUGGCGAGGAGGCCGGACGAGGGCGGCCGCGGGCGUGUGGAGGCGGGAUGACGGGGCGGCGCGCAACAACUGCGGGCGGCAGGGGAGAACGCGUGCGUUUCACAACAGCGAGCGAGGUGAGGCGUGUGCGGGCAGCGCGGCCUCAGCAGCACGACACACGGGAAGGCAGGAGGAGGCCGGUGCGCGCGGGCAGCAAUGGAGAUGGACAUAGUGACCACAGGGGGUCGGAGACGGCGCAGGUGCAUUCAUUCUACAGAGGAGAGGGGAGGAGUGGAGAACGCGGCUCACAUCGGAGCCGUAGGGAGGUGGCAGCGAGCUCAAGGGAGGCUCGGGGUGGCCGGCGAUGGAGAGGUGGGGCGGGGCGGUCCGGCGAGGGCAGCUCGAGGCGGCGGCGAUCCGAUGACGGGGUCCGGCGCGUCGAGGCGGCGGGCCGCGGUGACGGCGGGAUGGAGCAGGUGGCGGGGCGCCGGAGAUGGUGCAGUGUCGGUGGCGCCGUGCGGAAGGAGACGGAGAGGCGGGCGCGCCGGCGAGGGGUCGAGGCCCUCUGCCCCGAUCCAGGUGGGGGAAGAAGGGAGAGAGGCGUGGAGGGGGAGCGAGUCGGGGAAUCGGGAGAGUUAGCAAUGGCCUCAGCACAUAACAAGCGACCUAGAGCCCCAGCCAUCCUUCUACUAUUGGCAUUGCUGCAGCUCUAUUUGGGUGGUAGCAAAAUCAAUUGUGCAACGCUUCCUGAUAACAACACUGAUGUGCUCUGGCUGCCAACUUUCAGGCAUGGGAUCAGUUCUGAUCCCUCCGGAUGGUUCAGCUCUUGGAACUCUAGCGCUAACCACUGUCUAUGGCGCGUGGUGGUGCUUGAACACUUUGGACUAAACCUGGCCGGCCAAAUCAGCUCCUCCAUUGGGAACCUUACGUUCCUCAGAACCGUGAACCAAUCCACGAAUGGCUUCUCUGGCCGGUUACCUCCUAUGAACCAUCUGCAAAAACUCGAAGUCCUUGACCUGAGCGUCAACCGGUUGCAUGAUAGUAUCUCAGAUGCAAUUAUCAACUGCUCCAGCUUAAGGGAAAUCGAUCUUAAUACAAACUUCCUAGUAGGCGAAAUUCCUCCAAAAGUAGGCCUCCUCUCCAAUCUCUCACUUUUGCGACUUUGCUGGAAUAAUCUCACCGGGAUCAUCCCGCCAAUCCUCGGCAACAUCACAAGCAUACAAAGACUUGGCCUUGCGUACAAUAAUCUAACUGGACGUAUUCCUAAUGAGUUUGGGAAACUGACAAAUGUGUGGAGGUUGAACCUAGGGGGAAAUAGGUUGUUAGUUGGAUUCCCUUGGUUUCUCUUCAAUCUUUCUAAAUCUCUUCAAAUAUUAGGCUUGGAGUCAAAUAUGCUAAACAAUACACUACCACCUACCAUAGGCAACGACCUACCAAAUCUCCAAGAGCUUUACUUGAAUAGCAACAUGUUUGAAGGUCAAAUACCGGCUUCACUAGGCAAUGCUACAUGGCUGCAAACGCUAGAAUUAGGAAAUAACAAUUUCACUGGUGAAAUUACAAGCUCUUUAGGCAAACUUUCAAAACUUCAUUUAUUAUACCUUGGGUUUAACAAUCUUGAAGCUAUUGAAAGCCAAAUCUGGGAAUUCUUUAGCGCGUUAACAAACUGCACUAGUCUCGAAGCACUGUCGCUAUAUGAAAAUCAGCUACAUGGAGCUAUACCGAAUACGAUAGGUAACUUCUCCCGUAGCCUCACUAAAUUAUAUCUUGGUCGAAACAAUCUUUUGGGGAAGUUGCCCCCAAGCAUAGGGAAUCUUGGAAGCUUGUUUUCUCUAGUACUUGAAGAUAACAAUUUAACAGGUACGAAUGCACAAUGGAUUGGGAAGCUAACACAGUUACAAAUUCUUUCCCUCCAAGCGAACAGCUUCAUUGGGACAUUGCCAUCAUCCCUUGGCCAGCUUACUCAGUUGACAUAUCUCGAUCUAGGAAACAAUAAACUUGGAGGCCCUAUACCACCCGCCUUAGGGAACUUGAAACAACUCUCGCUUUUAGACCUUGGUCAGAACAAUCUUGAGGGUAACAUACCUAUUCAGGUUGGUAGCCUUACAUCACUUUACAAACUAGCUCUUUCGUCAAACAAUCUUACUAGUAAAAUUUACUGA